AUGUUUUUCUCCAAGUCUUUCAUGCUGCUGGCAGCCCUUACCACCGGCGCUCUGGCCCGCCCUGAGGGCAUGGCCCGUCGCCAGGCUGAUGCUACUCCUACCUCCUCCGCCUCAGGCUCCUCUUGGACUGCCACUCAAGCCAGUGGCAGCUACUCCACCGCCGGCUUCGGUGCCAGCACCUCCAGCUCCGGCUCCGGCGACACCUACGAGGGCAACGUUGGUAGCCCCUACGGCAGCAACAUCAUCGAGGUCUCCGAGUCCGAAGCUAGCUCUUACGAAUAUGUUGUGCAAUUCACCGGCUCCAACACCGACGACUGGACUGUUGUUAUCUGGAACAAGUACAGCUCUGAUGGUACCAUGGACGGCUGGUACGGCAACGCCUGCAAGAACUUCACUCUCGCCGCUGGUGACACUGUCUAUUAUGCUUUCGACAGUGACUCCCAGGGUGGCUGGGCUGCUGCUGAGGGCUCCACUAUCCCUACCAGCAGCUACGGUGCUUACGCCGCUACCUGGGGUGAAUUCGACUUCGGUUCCUCUGUUAACGAUGGCUGGUCUGGUUUCGAUGUCUCUGCUAUCCAGGCUAAUGAUGCUGGUUACUCCGCUCAGGGCAUGCAGAUCUGUGAUGCUUUGGAAACUUCUCUUUGCUCUUCUAUCACUACCGAUGAGGGUACUAUUGACAACGCUUAUACCUCUUCCAACAGUGCUGAGGGUGGUAUCGGUGGUAACCUCUCCGCUGGUCCUGUCCGUCUCGCUGUCACCAUUGACUAUUCCGGUUAA